UGGGAAAAAAUCUUGUAAACCCCAAGCAAAAGGAACAAGCGGCUAAGGUUUUCUUCCUAGCCAUGACGCUGAUUUGCCUGUUCAAGUCUUAUUCAUAGAGCUUGAGGGGGCAAGCGGCAAAGGUUUUCUUCUUCGGUGUUACGCUAAAAACUGGGUGAGAGGCAAAAAGGGAGACAUAGUCAUCACCCCUUAGUGCCAAUUUAUCUUGUGUUGCAGUGAUUUCUACUCAUAUUCUUCAUCAACAAAAUUGGAAGGUGAAAUUUACAGGACCCAAAUUCGGUGGGGGCAAUUGCGCAUAUACCCAGGUGGCUGCAUGCGCUUGGUGGCUGAUUUUUAGUAGACUAUGGAUGUUGCCAGUGAAGCAGGUUACAAACCAUCGACUGAGUUUGAGGAGGAUAGAAAGGAUCCACUCAUCGAGCUCAAUUUAACCGACUCUACGGAGAUUUGGCUCAUUCAGUGGCCCAUUAAUCAAGCCCCUGAUUUUGACGGGCAAGAAGUGUCAUUGAAGCUUCACCAUGAUGGACAUUUGGGCAGUUUUGAAGGUUCUUCUGGAAAAUCAUAUGAAGUGGUUAGUUAUAAAUUCCAAGAUCCUGACGCAAUGGUUUUCCUAUCUUCGGCAUCAGAGUCAAAAAUAGCUGGGAAGAUCUCAAGGCGUGUAUCUCUUGUCCAUUACCCGGAACCUAGUGAACACAAUAGCAUCAACUUGAAAGAGAUGUCUCAGAGGUCUUCCGCAGCCACCUCAGCAAUGUCAGGUCGUCACUUUGUAACUACUCGAAGUUCACAGCAAAAAAACUCUCAAACUAUGAGUGGAUAUCGUUCCUCUGCACCAAGUAGCAAAAUCAAGAGUUCCGUGUCUGGUCCUGGGGAGUUUUUGAAGCCUACAAAGAGAAGACAUGUUGAUGAACCAAGAAAGUCCACUGGUCAGUCCACCCAAGAUUCGGCAAGAGGAAACAGUGCAGUUACCUCGAUAGGGUCCUUGGAGCAUUCUGACAAAAGAAAACCGAAGAAGCAAAAGAAAAAGUGAGGUUUGAAAGUGUUGGAUGCUCAAGUAGUUAUUAAAUACUUUCUUACCUUAGAUAUUGGGUAUUCCGUAUUCAUUUUUAUAGUAUGUUAUGGAUCUUUACACUAAAUUUGGAAGUUCCAACUAGUGAAAUUUGUAUUCUUCGCUUGAUUUUAUUAUUUGUUUUUAAGCA